CACAUUUUGUGGCUGGAGAGCAAAGCAAACAGUUCAGUAAGCUUGAACACUGACAUGCGCCAAAGAUGAGUGGCCUUGUAAGAUUCCUAUUAUUUUCUGCGCUGUGCGCAACACUGGCCUAUGGCCAGGAUACCACUGAAGUGUCCAACGAUGACUCCGCCACGGAGGCAGCACGCGGUCUGGCCAGCAGCUACGAUCCGGAGGAUAAGCAAUUGCUGAAGAAGAACUCACACAUCUACAUGGGCAUCUACAAGAACUACAAGAGCACCUAUCUGGGCAACAAGACGACCAAUGAGUAUAGGAAGCGAUUGCGGAAUCGCGUGAGUGCCGCCCAGUUGGCCACCAAUGAGGCAACUGCCACCGAGGCUGCCGAGCAAGAGCAACAGGAGCAGGAGCAGGAGCAGCAGCAGCAGCAGGAAGAGCAGGUAAUCGAUGAUGCACUGGCGCAAGAGUUGCGCAACGAAGCCAACGCCGAGGCGCUGAUGGAGGCACAAACCGAUACGGCUAUCUACGAUGACAAUGAGACGGGAUCGGGCAAGAAGCGACGCAAGCGCAAACGCAAGAAUCGCAAUAACAACAAGCGUGGCGAAGACAACACUGAGCAGCCGGAAAGAGAUGGAGAGGACAUUGCAGACAUACAACAAUAUCAUGUGGGACCUGGUCUAAAUGUCAGUCUGGACAUGAGCAACGACAUUGUGCGUGUCAAGUUGGAUGGCGAAAAUCUGAAAGAGAUUGUUAGUGCCCAUUGGCUGAGCACAGACAACAGCGAGGAAGGUCGCGGCAAGAAGUACGAUAUGAUCACCAAAGUGCUGCCGCUCUUCAUACUGCCCUUCCUCAUCCAGUCGGCGAUUGUUCCGUUUCUGGUGACCAAACUAAAGCUGUUGCUGGUCAAGUCCAUACUCGUUGGCAAGCUGGCGAUAUUCCUCUUGAUCAUUUCAGCCAUCAAGAACAGCAACAAAAUGAUGCAAUCCUAUGAGGUGGCACCCUCAUACUGGGCCAGCGAGCCAAGCAGAAGAUCCGAACUGGCGGCAGCCGCCUCAUCAGCUGCCGCAGCUGCCUACAAUGGCUAUCGGGUGGAGGGGAAGCCAACUACUUGGGUCAAUUGAGAGGCGAGUAAGUCUCUUUAACUAGUUGCACAAUAUAAACAAAAAAGCAUUGCAUUAACUUAAGCUUCGCGAAUGUGAAAUAAAUCAUAAACAAAU